AUGAUCAAGGACUUCAGGACGAACGUUGACGAGAGCCAUCAGCGGCACAUUGCUCUCGAGUUGAUCCAAGCUCUCGUCUUCCGUCAAGACGAGCGGGUGGCAGACCUCUGCCGGGACCACCUCGCAUACUCUGCUUUCCUCUCACCAGAGAAGAUGCCAUCUCUAGACGAUACCGCAGACUCCCCAGCGAUGCGCAUGAAGCAACUCAUCGGCUUCGACCAGGAUGACCAUGCUGCACACGGCUGGUCGCCCAUCUCGCAUACAACAUUGCAAGACUUACUCGACGCACGACUACGAGCGUAUGGUACAUCAACCAUGUGCCAACAGAGAAUCAUGGGCAUCAUGCAGAAGGACAACAUCUGCGCUGUUCGUUUCCGAGAACUCAACAGGCUUGGUGCUCUCGACAAGACCUCCGUCAUCAGGAUGCACUUCUCCGGGGCCAAAGUCGACGCCAUCGACGAGUACGUUGACGCUCGACGAAGCUAUGGAUUCGAGCGAGCAGUCGGUGUCGACGACUGGAGCUCUGCACCGUCUUCUCCCGCAUCAAUCUACUCGAUGUGA